AUGCCUCAGCUUACUGCACCUAUUUCCGGUCCAACCCAACGGCCCAGUAAAACUCACAAGCCAGAUCCGGCGAUCCAUCGAGAUCAUGAAUCUUCCCUGUUCGUGGUAGACCGAAAAGGGGACCGUCAAAAUUUGGCAUAUGGGUCCCCGGACCGCUAUGCUAUUCCACGGUAUCGAGUCUCCGGCAGUGGUGCUCUGCUUGGUCUUGGUCCAAAAUACCGCAUCACUUCGCGAACGGAAACCCGUUAUGAAGUUGAAAAUGUGGAACUUGAUUCAACUCGAAAAGUCCGUAGGCAGUCUCUUCUCUCAAGCGUGGUCACCGAGGAUCCUGCGCCUUUGAAGGCUCUGCCAGUCGCCGACAAUCAAGAGGAUCUAGGAAAGAGCUUCUUGAGGUUUGAGCAUGGAUACUCCAGAAAGAGGAGACGUAUAACAAGGCAGCGCGACCAACAGGUCUCCGACACGGACGGAGAUGAUUCCAUCUCCGAUCUGGAAACAGAUGGAGAGAUGGAAGAUGCAUUUGAAACUUUCAAAAGCGACCCGGUCCACCAACGGCACGUCGAACUCUCCAGAGCCACCGUUGAGCAUCCACAGGAUCCCAAGGUGUGGCUCGCUUUCAUUGAUUAUCAACAAACGUCCUUCAGUCGCGAGAAUGACUCCCGAAGUUUCGGUCUAUCGUCUGGGCGAAGCCUCAUCGACAUAAAGAUUUCACUCUACCGACAGGCACUAUCUCAUAUCAAAGGUGAUGAAGAGCGCCAACCCCUAAUUCUGGGUCUGAUGCACGAAGGGAGCAAGAUCUGGGAUUCAGAGAAGCAGGCUUCGGAGUGGCGGACUUUCCUCAACAAAGACGCUUCCUUUGACUUGUGGAUUCUCUACCUCAAUUUCAUGCAAAGUAAUCAAGUCAGGUUUACGUUCGAAAACUGUCUUGAAGUCUACAAGGAUUGUCUCCAAAUCUUCCGGGCCGUUGCGCCAGGGCGCAAAAGAGACUCAAAUUGUAUCUACCUUCUUCUCCGGUGUACUCUAUUCCUGUGGCAGUCCGGCUUCACCGAACGGGCCGUUGGGAUUUGGCAAGCUUUGUUCGAAUACUGUUUUUUCCGUCCCCAGCUGCCAGUAUCGGAGGACCCGCUUGAAUCAUUUCAUCGGUUCUGGGCCAGCGAGGUUGCACGAAUUGGCGAAGAAGGAGCUACUGGGUGGAACUCCAUUACCAGUCCCGAACUCGGACCAAAUACCGAUAGGCAGGACUCUCGUAUGCCUGGCCUGGAUUUUGCUACUUGGGCAGCCGCUGAAGAUGAUCAGGAGCGAUGUUCAGGAUUGCCGGCGCGUACUCUGGACGAAGUAAGUGAAACUGAUCCAUACCGGGUUCUCCUCUUUUCCGAUGUAAGGGAGUUCCUGUUCUCCCCAAGUACAAGCGAAGGCCUGAGGGCUUUUCAAGACGCCUUUUUACUGUUUGUCGGCCUUCCUGUGCUAUCUUCCCUUCCGGAAUCGAGGCGUUGGCAAGGAGAUCCCUUUGUCUUCAACCACUCUCGCUGCACAGAAAAAUGGACACUGUCUAUCGCGCCACAGGACCUCGACGGUGAACCCUCGAUGCCUUUAAAUGGAUUGUCAAGUUCUCGAACAGUGGCAGAGCUAUAUUUCGAUUUUCUGCGGCGUUUCCUUUUCCAACUGGCCACAAGGGGGCGGGACGGAGAACCCGACGAACUACUGGCUGAAUAUGCUAUCGCCCUUGAAGCUCAAGCGGACCUGAAAACUGCCAGGAGAAAAGCAAAAGCGCUUCUCAAGCAAAGGCCCAACAGUCUGAGCCUUUACAAUACAUAUGCCGUCCUCGAGUAUCGAACAGGCAAUCUCGAAGCUGCAGAGAGAGUGUGGUCAACCGCAAUAUCUAUGCGCGGAUCUCUCGGCCAAGAUGUCGAAAGCAGUGCCUUUCCUCUCUGGCGCGAGUGGGCAUACUCCUACCUGUUAAAGAAGAGAUUUAAUGAUGCAGAAGUUUUGUUGAGUAUGUUGCCAGACAGCCAAAUUGAUCUAUCCAAACUACAGAAGAGUACAAGUGUUCGCACGCCCCAAUCGAUCUCGACACAGAUCAAGGCCGAGGUCUACAUCAAAACACAAUUUGAAGCGAAUCUUUCCAAACCCGAUACACAGAUGCUUCCAGCCGUUAUUGAUGUCUUGGUCAUUUACAAAUAUCUCACCCAGGGCCUGGAUCUCGAAGCUGCCUUGGAGGUAUACGAAAGCUGUCUGAACGCACUCGUUGGAAGAUGGGCAUCAGACGCCCCCGUAGUGGAAACUGUCCACGAGCACCGGGCCUAUCUCCUUCACUCUCAUGCAACGACGUUCAGCAGGCCCUAUAAGCCCGGGGAUUACUGUUUGAUAUUGAGAGAGUCAGUUCGGAUCUUUCCUGACAAUCUUCGUCUUCUGAUGCUGCAGCAACAUUACGCUCAAAAAUCGGGACUCUUCGACCGGUUGCGUCAGGUCGAUGCCCGUGCUCCGGGACAGGAGCAGGUGGAUCGGGGAAGCAGCAGCAUCAUUCCCUGCAUGUUCGAUCUCCUAACCGAAGUGAGGAGGCCUUCCUACGCUGGAAGUACGGAUCACAGUAUUCGCUCGGCUUUCAGACGAGCCACUGAUCAGGGUGCAGAAGGGUAUCAUUGCAUGGCUGUUUGGAAGGCAUAUGUUAUGUGGGAGCUUUCUGUUGUACCCCGUGAGAAGCCUGUGGCGAAGGAAAGCAGGCCCGCCAGCGAAUCCAAAAGACGCCACGAGCUUCAGAAGCUGGCAGACGUCUUUUACAGUUCAUUGAGGGCUUGUCCAUGGUCCAAAGAACUGUACAUGCUGGCCUUCUCAGAGGAGAUUCUGAGAGACGGUCUCAGUCACGAGGGCCUGGAGCGAGUCUAUGAAAGUAUGCAAGAUCGAGGCCUGAGACUUCGCAUCGAGUUGCCGGAGUCCCACUGA